AAUUUGUAAAGCUACCAAAUCUCCACAGAGAAAGGCCAUGGUUUUCAUUUCAUUUUACAUGCAUUUGUCAAGCUCAAAUUGUUCGUGUUUCAAAUGGAUCGUAAUCUUCAUGUUCUUGUACAUGUUCGCAUUAUCUCAAGCUGAUCCAAGGAUUUCCGAAGCUGGGCUUUUCUGUGGCAAAUCAAGGCCGCCUCCAAAUGCCAGUUACAUCCCACUGUUUGUUAAAGAAAUGAGAUUUCUUUCUCAACUCGUGACAUCCCAGAAUUGGGGUAGUUCUGCAAUGAAUAAUAGUGCUAUUUCGAUUUAUAGUUUAGCCCAUUGCUAUAGAGAUUUAUCACACGAUGAUUGUCUACAGUGCUACGCCGCAAGUCGAACCCUCCUCCCCCGCUGCCUUCCCGCCGUGAGUGGCCGUAUAUUUCUCGAUGGGUGCUUUUUGCGGUACGAUAAUUACAGUUUUUUAGGAGAAACAGUAGACCCAAAUUGGGAUAAACGGAAUUGUAACAGUUCAAUUGAUGAUAAUAUAAAUCAGAUUCAGUUCACGCGAUCGGAAUUUAAUAAAACUGUUGAGGAUCUGAUUCAUAAUGUUACAACAAGUGCAGCAUUGAACGAUGGUUACGCGGUGGCCGGCUUGAAGGGUGUUUAUGGUUUGGCUGAUUGUUGGAAAACUUUGAGCACAAAUGGUUGCAGAGAGUGUUUGACGGCGGCGGGUAGGGAGGUGAUGGAGUGUUUGCCCAGCCGGGAAGGCAGAGCAAUGAACGCUGGUUGUUAUUUGAGAUAUUCUACUAAGAAAUUCUACUCUAAUCAUUCUGAUACAACAAAUCAGAGUUCCGAAAUGUUGAAGACGGGGACAGUUUUGGCAAUUGUUUUGUCGGUAUCGGCCUUCUCUAUGCUCUCUGUAUUUUGCGGUUAUGCAGUCUACAGAAGAUGGAAUAAACGAAAUCAAGCAAGAAAAAAUCUUGGCCUAAUUUCAUGUUCUUACAACAAGUCGAAUUUGAAUUUCAAAUACGAAACUCUCGAGAAAGCAACAAACUAUUUUGAUCCUUCUAGAAAAGUAGGACAAGGAGGAGCCGGAGCUGUGUAUCGAGGAACCCUAACAAAUGGAAAGACUGUGGCCGUGAAAAGAUUGUUUUUCAGCACUAGACAAUGGGUUGAUGAGUUCUUCAAUGAGGUUAAUCUCAUCAGUGGAAUUCAACAUAAGAAUCUUGUGAAGCUUUUGGGUUGUAGUAUUGAAGGCCCCGAGAGCUUGCUCGUUUAUGAAUUUGUACCUAACAAGAGCCUUGAACAAUACCUCUUUGAUGACAAGAAGGUUAAGAUUUUAAGUUGGAAGGAACGCUACGAUAUUAUAGUCGGAACAGCAGAAGGUAUUGCUUUUCUCCAUGGAGGUUCAGAAUAUAGAAUAAUUCACCGGGACAUUAAGACUAGCAAUGUUCUUCUUGAUGAGAAUCUUAAUCCCAAAAUUGCGGAUUUUGGACUAGCUCGAAGUUUUGCCGUUGAUAGAUCUCAUCUUAGCACAGGAAUUGCAGGCACAUUGUAA